GCAACUACUAAACGUGAGAAAUACGAACGUAUUCAUGAGAAAAAGGUGAGCACCUCCAUUGAGGCGCUCUGCCGUGGCUACCCACACGAGUUCGCUACCUUCCUUACAACAGUGCGAACCUUGAAUUUUGAUGAGAGCCCCAAUUACGCACAGUUGCGGGUCCGCUUCCGCAGUCUUUUCCGAGCACUUUCCUUUGUUUUUGACUAUGUAUACGACUGGACUUUGCUUCGUCAGAAGGCCUCUGGCAUCCAGCAGCAGCCUACACACUCCGACAUCGGCCCUGAUGUAGCGAAUGCUGUAAUUCCUUCAGCGGGUGGUGCAUGUGUAACCACUUUGGAGACUCUUCCAAAUGCUGUGCGGUCCAAAAUGUCAGUCGAUCCUCCAUGCGGCCAACCUAACGGAUCAAAGGACUAA